AAGAUUUGGUUGCUUCGGGUGAACAGCGCGCUUUACAACGUGGUCUAACUGGUGCACGUGCAGUGGAGAAUUUAGCCAUAUAGCACAAUGACCUAAUAGAAAUAUAGCACAAAAUAUAAAACUAUAGUGAGUUAAACACCUACUGAGUAUUUCCGGAUGAUCCGGGUGUAUUUGGCGGAUUGACGGCGGAUUGACACCGAGUUCUGUAGGGAAACAUUUCGUGUGGUGUGGAAAAGCACGAAAUUGUUUCUCAGAGAAGUGAAAGCCUUGUGUGUGUUUGAGUGAGCGUGAAGUAUCAGAAGAAGGAAAGUCUGUCAUAUGCUGUGAUAGUGUGUGCAUGUGCCAGAGUUGGGAUAAAAAGUAAGUUUGAGACAUAAGUCAUUUCAUUCUAUUCGUUUACUGUGUUGUAAUACCUAAGUUUAAGUGGACAAGCAAGUGUUAUGUUGUGCAGUGAUAUUUGUAAGGUUUGAACUGUAUUUUGCAUUAAUCGCACAAUUUAAGAUGUUAUAAAGGACGCUAUCUUCAUGUACUCUUAUGCCCCUUUUCCACCAAAAAGAACAGGGUGCUGGUUCAGAGCUAGUGCUGGAACUGGUUCGAAGUUGGUUCCACUGGCGAACCUUCUAAGAACCGGUAGUCUUUCCACCGGUUAAGAGAGCCAAGUCUGACGUCACUGUAUACGUAUCACGUUUCCCAGCAACGUUAGCGCAGCAGCGGCAAACACAAACACAUGAACAAUGGCGGAUUCUGUUGUACAUUUCAUGCUCGUGGCCUACAUUCUCAUCCAAAAUAAACUAAUCCAUCGUGUAUGUGCAGCUCAAUCUAGCUUAUAUAAACGGAGGGUGCACUCGAGAAUAAGGGCAAUCUUGUGGUUAAAGGCAAGGCGGAGGUCACCUGCAAUAUGGGCAUACCCAAGAUCUGAGCACUGGUGGCAGACAAUAGUUCCGGAUUUCACCCCUCAACAGUUCCUGCUCAAUUUUCGUAUGGCCCCAGAAACAUUUGAGUACAUCUGCAGUCGGGUGAAGCAUGUAAUGGAGAGAAGGAACACAAACUUUCGCUUGUGUGUCUCAAGCCGGAAGCGUGUUGCAAUUGCCAUCUGGAAACUGGCCACAGGCAGUGAAUACAGGACCAUCAGUCAUCUUUUUGGGGUAGGCCUCAGCACUGUAUUUAAUUGUGUUCAGGAAUUCUGCAAUGCUGUAAUCACGAUGCUGCUUCCUUACCACAUAAGAUUUCCUGAUGCCGACAAGUUAUUGGAAAUGUCCACUUUCUUUAACAAUCGUUGGCGAGUACCACAGUGUGUCGGUGCAAUUGAUGGAACCCACAUUCCAAUAAUUGCACCAGAGGACCGUCCACAAGAUUAUUACAAUCGCAAAGGCUGGCAUUCAGUUGUUCUGCAAGCAGUUGUGGAUGGCAAAGGACUACUCUGGGAUGUUUGUGUUGGCUAUCCAGGGAGUGUGCAUGAUGCUAGAGUGCUACGACAGUCACAUUUGUGGGAGGUCCUAAGUGAUGGGGAAUUACUAGGACAAACCAAAGUGACCAUAUCUGGCUAUGAUCUUGGCUAUUACCUGAUAGGUGAUCCUGCAAUCCCCAUGCAGAAGUGGCUCAUGAAGCCCUUUUCAGAUACUGGCAGACUGACCCCUGAACAACACACCUAUAAUUACAGGCUGAGCAGUGCAUGGUCGGUUGUGGAGAUGUCUUUUGGGAGAUUAAAAGGACGAUGGAGGUGCCUCCUAAAAAGAAAUGACUGCAAGGUGGAACUGUGCAAGACAAUGGCAGUGACCUGCUGUGUUCUCCAUAACAUUUGUGAGGAACAUGGUGAUAAUUUCACUGAGGAGCACACAAACAGGACUGAAAACAUUCAGCCUCCUGUUCAGGCAGUACCCGAGCAUGGCAAUACAGAAGGGGCUGACACCAGAGCUGCAUUAAUGAUGCAUUUUAACAGAGAGAGUUAUUAAAGUGCUUUGUACCACAAUGAUGAUGUUUGAAAUUGUAACAGUUGUGUUAGGACAUCCAAACUGUCAAAUUGUAUUCUAUUCCCGUACAUUGUUUAAAGAAACACAACCAGACAUGUGUAACUUAAAACGUGUUUUUCUUUUUUUUUUUUUUUUUUAAAAAAAGCACAAAACUACAACGUGUGAGACUUUACAUUCUUGAA